AUGCGAGCAGCAGCAGCAGGCAGGGCGCCUUGGGGCGUGGUGAAAGGGGUGUUCUGUGGCUUGCUGGCGAAGAUGGGCACACACAGAGUGUCGCUCCGAGCGUUCAACGAGUAUCUCCAUGUGUGCCAGCUGGCACUGCCGCCCGCAGCCGCCCUCCUUGAGAUGCUUGCCGGGCUCAGGUGGAUGGCGCAGGCUGGCACUAUUGAUAAUGACACAGUUGAUGGCCGUGCCCCGCACAUACUGCCGGACGCCGCCACCCUCAACACGCUGACAUUUGAGUCGACUCAAAAGGCUGGCACUGUUGGUGGCGACACUGGUGAUGGCAGUGCCCCGCACAUACUGCCGGACGCCGCCACCCUCCCUGAGAUGCUUGCUGGGCUCCGGUGGAUGGCACAGGCUGGCACUAUUGGUGGUGACACAGUUGAUGGUGAUAGUAACGAUGGCACUGUUGAUAAUGGUGCACCGCACAUACUGCCGGACGCCGCCACCCUCAACACGCUGAUGCCGGCAAUGAGACGAGCCGACCGGGCGGCAGCAGGACUUCUGCUGUAUGAGUUGCUGGUGGGGGGGAAGGAGGAGGGCAGAAAGGAAGACCGGGAUUUGCCGGUGGGUAGGGAGGAGGAUAAAAGGGUAGAUGGGGAGGGAGACGGGGAGGAAGGGGUUGGAGGGGAGAGGGAGGGGAGGAAGAGUGGUGGUGGGUUGACUCGUUUGACUUUGGGAGACUGGGCUGAAUUUGGCCGAACAGGCAGACUGCGGGUGCUGGAGAGACAGCUUCAGGGGAUGGAAGAGAGGAGCAAGGCCAAAGCGUCAACGCCUUCCCAGUCACCCAAGUCAACCAAGGGUGCACUCAAGGCGGAUGCACACAUGUGCAGCGCUGCCCUGAGUGCGUGCAGGCGGAGGGGGCUGUGGUGGGAGGCCGAUGCUGUGUGGGCGCUCAUGGAGAGACGCGGCAUCCGCCCCACACCAGCUUGUCUCACAACUAUGGUUUCAGUGAUGGCACGGGCAGGGAAGAGCGAGCGAGCACAGCAGGUGGUAGAAAGGGCACAGGCAGCAGGAGUGGCGGUGCAGCAGCAGACAGCCAACGCGCUUCUGGACGCUCUGGCGUCCACAGGGGAUGUGCGCCGCACUGCUGCCCUCUUCUCACGCCUCUUCCUGCCCUCUGGAAACUUCUCUCUCCUCAUGGAUUCCCCGAAGAAGGGCCUGAGACCCUCCUUGCAGGCAGACACGUUCUCCUUUAACGCUCUGCUUAAAGCCCAUGCGAGACGGCUGCAGACUGUGGGAGCAGUGCAAACGGUGCAGUCGGUGCAGUCUAUGGCCCAGCCCCCGAACCUCCAGCCAAGGUUUGGAAACGGAGUCAGGCUCGGCAACCAGACCUGCUUGGAGGCUGCCGCUGCAGGUCCAGAAGUGGUUAUGUUAAGCUCGGAGGCUGCAGGUCCGGAAGCUGGUAACUUAGGCUCGGAGGCUGCAGGUUCGGAGGCCAUCGGAUUAGGGGCUACUUCUGAGGAGUCUCAAGAGGGGGAAGUCAGCAGUAUGGGUAUGGGAGCAUGGAAAGAGCAGCAGGAGGCGGGAUCUGAUUCUGGUGAUGCCAAGGGCAAGGCGAGCAAGGAUGUGAACGGGUGGGCAGUGCAGGGUCCUGUGGAGGUGUUUGAAGCGCCUCAAAAGUCGGCUCAAGAGGAGGGGGGCAGCAGCAGGGGUAUGGGAGCAUGGAAACAGCAGCAGGAGGCGGGAUCAGGUUCUGGUGAUGCCAAUGGCAAGUGGGGAAGUGAUGUGAACGGGUGGGCAGAGCAGGGCCCUGUGGAGGUGUUUAAAGCGAUGCAGAGGAUGGGGAUUGCCAUUGAUGAGUACAGCAUCUCGCUAUACGCACCUUCACUAGAAGCACUGCGGGAUGCCGACGAGGCGUCAUCCCUGCUCGAUAUAAUCACAUCUCACGGCUAUCACAGCAGCCGUUUCUUCCCCCUCUGGUGCUCCCACAUUGUGGGGGCGUGUGUGGGGCGGGGGGGAGAGGGGGAGGCGGGGAGGGAGGACGUGCGGAGGGGCAUGGAGGUGUAUGGAAGAAUGAGGGGGAUAGAGAGGGAGGAGGAUGGGGCGUUGGAGAAAGUAAUUUGGACGCUGCUGCGAGCUUGCGAGGAGGUGGGUCUAUGGCAAGAAGCGAAGCAGCUAUUAGAGGACUACCGGACCCUCAGGCAGACCUUGCAGGCCAAUGCUCCCCGUUUCCCCACUCGCGCCAAGUCUCCCCUCACGCCUGUCAGCAUCAUCAUGCCGAUUCACAAUGCAGAGCCAUUCCUGCAAGAAGCAAUCGACUCCAUUCGAGCACAGAGUUACAAAGGACUCAUGGAGCUUGUAGUCUUUGAUGACGGACCGAGCACCGACCAAUCACGGGCCAUCCUCGAGGCAAAUCGCUCCGCGCUUGCCGCCCGGGGCAUCGCCCUGAAGAUCGUGGAAGAGCAGACAGAUGCUGUCGCCCGGGAGGAACGGACAGAUGCCGCCGCCCUUGACAAGCGAACAGAUCCCCCUGCAAUUGAUAGCUGCCACGAUGAUAAAGAAAGUGCGGAGAACUGCCAAUACACUGACAACAAGAGCUGCGGGGUUGAUGGCGGAUGUGGCGGUGAUGGUCAUAAUGGGAGCGGUGAUUAUGAUGGAAGCAGUGGUUACAAUGGGUUUGGUGACUUGCAGCUGGUGGAAACCACCGUCAUCGCGCUCACCUGGUUCUGCUCCCGACAAGUCUUUGACGCUUCAGGUCCCUUUGACGAGAGAGGGCCUGGCACACCAGAUGAUCUCAUGUUCUUCCACCAGCACUUGGGCAACGGCGGCUGGCUGGGCAAGGUGCCUCAGCCUCUAGUGACCUAUCGCUUCCACUCAGCAUCAGUGACGGGGUCAAGAGGGUGUCCCUGGGAAAGCAUCUGGUUGCAGCGAGUAAACCACCUGGAGGCGCGGCUACUCUCGGGGCCUGGCAGCUCUCGCUGGUCAGAAUUCACCAUCUGGAAUGCGGGCAAAGAGGGCAGGAGACUCUACCGCUCUCUUACUCUAUCGAACCAAGCCAAGGUAUGA